AUUCUGACGUGAGCAUUUCAAGUAUUAAUCAUCAUUGCAACAACCAGGGUGAGUUUAAAUGUGAUAAAAGGAAAACCUCUGUAUCGAUCGAGCCUCGUUUUAUUCGUAUUACAACUUUGAUUGAUGAUCCUCAUCCGACUUCCAUUG